UUUGUUCCUGCUCCUACUUCUCUUUGCUUCAGAGUUUCUCUUUCCUCACCCAAUGUUGAGUCUACUUGGGAACACUCUCUUUUUCUCUCUCUUUCUCUUGUACGAUUGGGUUUCACGGGAGUGGAUUAUCAUCCGCUUUGGUUGCGGCAAUUUGCCCCACUACAAACUUCUGCACCUGGUCUAAACACUUUUAUAUUCUCCACUACUAUUGCUUUCUUUGUCCUGAGCUGCCCACUCCUAUAGACUAUACAAUCAUGUCUGUCCCUUCUCCAUUUUCUUCUCCCUUUGUUUUCACUUGUUUGCUCAUCAUUUUCUUGCUCACAUUAAGCUCCUCCGAUUGUCAACCCAUCAGCACCCCUGCGAAACGCCGCCCACGCCAACUUUCUGUCAGUUACUACGCCAAAUCUUGCCCACAACUUGAGCAACUCAUCGGCUCCAUCACCUCCCAACAAUUCAAAGAAGCCCCUGUCUCUGCACCUGCCACCAUUCGCCUCUUCUUCCAUGACUGCUUUGUAGAAGGCUGUGAUGCGUCUAUCCUUAUAGCAACAAAUCCUGGAAAUAAGAUUUUAGCUGAGAAAGAUGCAGAGGACAACAAGGACCUGAGAACGGAGGGGUUUGAUACAAUAACGAGAGCCAAGACUUUGGUGGAGAGCAAGUGCCCUGGCGUUGUUUCCUGUGCUGAUAUUCUUGCAAUUGCAGCCAGAGAUUUUGUCCAUUUGGCAGGGGGACCUUAUUACCAAGUGAAGAAAGGAAGGUGGGAUGGGAAAAUAUCAAAGGCAUCCAGGGUCCCUUACAACCUCCCACAUGCAAAUUCAACCGUCGAUCAACUGAUCAAACUCUUCAGCUCAAAGGGGUUAACUGUCCAGGACCUGGUUGUGCUCUCAGGUGCCCACACAAUCGGCUUUGCCCGCUGCAAGCACUUUGUGGCCCGACUCUACGAUUACAAGGGAACUAUGCAGCCUGACCCUGCCAUUGACCCAAGGCUCCUAAAGGCACUAAAAAUGUCAUGCCCGCAUGCUGGUGGCAAUGCUGACAUUGUUGCUCCAUUUGAUGUUACGACCCCGUUCUUAUUUGACCAUGCUUAUUAUGCAAAUUUGGAGGGUAAAUUGGGCUUGUUAGCUUCGGACCAAGGUCUUUUUUUGGACCCUAGGACCAAGCCUCUGGUCCAAUCUCUUGGUCAGGAUAAGGCUAAGUUCUUCCAGGCCUUCUCAGCAGCUAUGGACAAAAUGGGCUCAAUUGGUGUUAAAAGGGGAAGAACACACGGAGAGAAGAGGAAAGUUUGUAGUACGCACAUGUGAAGCUUGUUGCUUCCCUCUUUUUUGUUUUUGCCCUUUUAGAUUGCUUCUUCUUUUAUUAGGUUGUAGGCUUUUUCUUUCUUAGCUUUUUUCUUUUACCUAUUGGCUUCUUAGGUUGGUUUUGGCUUGGAUAGUGUGGGAUUUGUUACGGAUGAGGCUUUUGUGAAUGUUUAGAGAGUUCAAUCCCAAAAGAACAUGGGAGACAUAUUGUUCCAACAUGAUGUAACUUUCAUUUGAUGUU